AUACCAUGAGAUUGUAUUCCAAGAACAGUCUUUCUUCUUUUAAAUCAGCAUCAUCAUGGUUCGAGGUGUAUGCUGCCUUCUCCACACUCACAAUUCUCCUAAGAACUGCAAUCAAUGAUCUCAUACCCCAUCAGUUUCGAUCCUACAUAAUCUUAAAGCUAGAGGGCUUCUUCUGCAAAUACCGAUCAAAUAACAAAGUCUCUAUAAAAAUUAACCAGUUUUGGGAUUGUGGAGAGCGUAAUGAACUUUUCGAAGCUGCCUUGACGUACCUCCCCACCAAGAUUACUCACACCUACAAAUCGCUCAAAGUUGGCAGACGUCAAAACCAUAAACACCUUGAGUUUGCAGUGGAUGGAGGUGAUGAUGUGGUGGACAAAUUUGAAGGCAUGACGUUAACUUGGAAAUUGAAUGAGGGGUCCAAGGAGGAUUCUAGGAAUAAGAAGAAUAAUUUUGUAUUAACCUUCAAUGAGAAACUGAGACAGAGGGUACUGGAUCGAUAUAUCCCACAUGUGAUCAAAACAUAUGAGGCGAUGAAAAAUGAGAGAAGGAUUUUAAAAUUGUAUUCUUGGUUAAAUGACUUUUGGAAUGAAAGUGACUUAUCACAUCCUUCCACAUUUGACUCACUAGCCUUGAGUCCCGAGUUGAAGAAAGAUAUAAUUGAUGAUUUGGAUCGAUUCUUGAGGAGGAAGGACCUUUACAAGAAAGUGGGGAAGGCUUGGAAGCGUGGCUACUUGUUGCAUGGACCACCAGGAACUGGAAAAUCUAGCCUUAUUGCAGCCAUGGCAAACUAUUUAAAAUUCGAUGUGUUUGAUUUGGAGCUUUCUUCGAUCUUCUCAAACUCAGACCUUAUGAGAUGCUUGAAGGAAGCAUCUAACCGUUGCAUAAUAGUGAUUGAAGACAUAGAUUGCAACAAGGAGGUGCAUGCAAGAUCAAAACCAAAUGGUACUUCAGAGGAUCAAGAUUCAGAGUCUGACAGUGAGGGUGCAAAGAUGAAGUCAAGGAGCUUUAUUCUGUCUGGUUUACUUAACUACAUGGAUGGCUUGAGCUCAAGUGGUGGAGAGGAGCGGAUUAUAAUAUUCACUACUAACCACAAAGAGAAAAUUGACCCAGCAUUGUUGCGCCCUGGUCGAAUGGACAUGCAUAUUCACAUGUCCUUCCUCAAAGGCAAGGCCUUUCGAAUGUUGGCUUCCAAUUAUUUGGGCAUUCAAGGAAAUCAUCCACUCUUUCACCAAAUUGACGAUCUGUUAGAGAAAGUAGAUAUCACACCUGCAGUGGUAGGGGAGCAACUAUUGAGAUAUGAGGAUGCUCACCUUUGUUUGGAACAACUUGUUCAAUUUCUCAAACAAAAGGUUAAUGAUAGUAAUUCUGAUUCAGUUGAGAGGGUUGUUUUCAGUAGGACCAUUGACACCAAUACUCCUAAUUCAUAG